AUGCUCGGAAAACGCCCCCAUCCUGGCGAGGAUGGCGCAGCUAGCGACGCCAAACGCCCGAAACCAUCUGCCACCAACAUUCAGGAUGUACUUGCGGAAGCCAAAGCAAAAGCCGCAGCCAUCAAGGCACGCGCAGCGGCCGCCCAAUGUGCAAGUGGGGCGAAUGGGCCACAAGCGUCUCCUACUCCGCCCCCAGCAGCUCCCUCUGCUAGUGCAUCAGAUCGUCUCGCUGCUAUGAAAGCCCGUAUGGCGGCUCUGAAAGGCGCCGCUCCUGCCGCACCUCCGACGAACGGCAUUCCUUCGCGACCAGCCUCAUCCACGGGCGCAAAGCAGGAGCCAGAGGAUGAGGACAAUGCGAACAAGAAUCCAUAUCUGGACCCCAAGUCGAUGGGAACCUCGCGCGAUAGGAUGACUCGCAGUCUACUCUUCAACCAGCGCGGGAAGUACCUUGCUCAGGCUUCGAAGCUGCGACAACAAACGAAGUUGGAGCAGAUUAAAGCAUUGCUCGCGGAGAAGAACCGUAAGGCAAAAUUGGAUGAGAACAGUGAGCGCGGAUUUCUAGUCCCGGAACCCCCUUCUGUUGAAUGGUGGGACGAGGGAAUUCUGGAGGAGAAGACGUACGAUUGCAUCGACGAUCCGUCGAAAGUCAAGAUCGAUGGCGAUGAUUCGAUCAUAACAUCCUAUGUGCAGCAUCCUGUCCUUUUGAAGGCGCCACAGGACCAACUGUUGAUUCCCGUAAAGCCGAUGUACUUGACCACUAAAGAGCAGGCGAAAAUUCGAAGAAUGCGCCGUGCUGAGGAGCACAAGGAGCAACAGGCCAAAAUCCGUCUCGGUCUCGAACCUCCUCCUCCACCAAAGGUCAAGCGAGGAAACAUGAUGCGGGUCAUGGGCGAACAGGCAAUAGCAGAUCCUACUGCAGUCGAGAUGUUGGUUGAAGCGCAAAUUCAAGAGCGCCACGACAACCAUGUCAAAGCCAAUGAAGAGCGGAAACUUACCAAGGAACAACGUCGUGCUAAGCUCGAAGAAAACCAGAAAAAGGAUGCCCAAAAAGGCCUCUAUAUGUGCGUGUUCAAGAUAGACUCGCUCGCGUUCGGCAAGCACCGGUACCAGGUCGACCUCAACGCCAAAGAGCACUCCCUUACCGGUCUCACCAUAUUUCAUCCCACAAUGAACCUGGUCGUCGUAGAAGGAGGUCAUCACUCCAUCCAAAAAUACAAGAGAGUCCUGCUGCACCGUGUCAAAUGGACCGAGAAUUUGAUGCCGACUGAGGCCCAGAUGGAGAAGACGGCGGACGACCCCCAGUGGCUCAAACCAAUGGACGAGACGGGGCAUCUGAAAGACCUCUCCCACAACAAAUGUGUGCUUGUCUUCGAAGGCGAGGUUAAACAGAGAGCAUUCAGAAAGUGGGGUUCCAAGAUUUGCGAUUCGGACGGCGAAGCUAAGGAGUUGUUGGCGAAGGCAAAGCUUGACAGCCUUUGGGCGCUUGCGAAGACCACUGAGUAG